AUGGAACCCAGUGGCGGCGAUAUGGUCAUCCUUGAUGAUGAGCUGAAGAAGCUGCAGGGAAUGACCGAGUGUAAAAUGGCAGAUGAUGGAGAAGAUAUGGAAGAAAACGAUGAAGUGGACCGUCGUUCUGUAUUCGUUGGUAACGUAGACUACUCUACUAAGCCUCAUGACCUGCAAGAAUUUUUUAAAGCGUCUGGUCAAAUCAAUAGGAUAACCAUUAUGGUUGACAAGUGGAGUGGCAAGCCUAAAGGAUACGCUUACAUAGAAUUCGCUAACGAGGAUGCUGUUAACAAUGCACUGAUACUUAAUGACUGUCUUUUCAAGGAGCGUAUAAUAAAGGUGACUCCCAAGAGGAAGAAUGUUCCAGGAUUUAGUAGGAAACGUGCAGGUCGUGGACGGGGCCGUGGAUUUCGUUCUGGCAGGGGCGGACGUUACAAUUCUCAUUACAGAGGUUGUUAUCGUGGUGGUUAUGGUAAACCAUAUUAA